AUGGAUUUCCUAUUCAUUCUGCUUGUUUAUGUCGAAGUGGUAUUAUCAAACUCAUUCCCUAACGUAUGUGCUAGAGGCGCUGAAACUCUGUCGACUCUGAACGCUCCCGCUUCUCGCGAUACUUCUCUCACCGUUUAUCCUUUCAACCCUGAAGACUCUUGGCAGCUUCUCGAAUCCCACAAGUUCCUCCAGAGCCCCUACGGAAAGGAGAAUGUCAAAUCCAACCCACAGGAAGGGGAUCUUUCAUGGAGCAUUUCACUCCAGGACGGUGAUAUAAUAGAUGCACUUCAAGGGCACCCAGGAAUCCAAUUGGAAAAGGAGACGGAAGAAUCUAAACGCGCUGCGCUUGUUAGACGCGAGAAUGCUUCUUACAUCGCUAUAGCGGCAAACCCUGAGGAUGACGGACAGACCAAGGCGACGUUAGAAUUUAUUAAAACGAAGAUCAAGAAUCCGAAUGAAAGGAUUAUUGAGCUCCACAAGCCUGGCACCGACCAUGUCAUGGGCUGGGGUCACCUACAAUUCACUAGCGAAGCGAAGGCGGCAGGGGAAGCGUACGAGGGCAUCAAGGCUUUGGCCGACGACUAUCCAGCGGAUGAUGAGCGUGCCAGAUGA